AUGGUGAAGCCUCGUUCUCAGGGGCCCCGGAGGCCAGCGGUAAAGCAAGCCGACAAUAAAUCCGUUGGUGACCGCUCCAAAACUGCAGUAACCGAAAAAAUGAAGCCGUCAAGACUAGUCGGCGGCACAACCGGGGCAAAGAAGGAACGACGUGAGGGGAAAAAAGUAAGUACCGGCAAGGCUAAUAAGGUCGCUGCAACUUCUGCAUCCACCGUCGUGCUGAAAGAAGGUGGUAAACCAUCUGGACCGUCUCACGGCACAGGAACUAACUCUAGUCGACGGGGUAAGAGAAGCCCGCAGGCGCAGACACGCCGCGCGGCAGCGAGGGUUGCCUCUCGUGUAAUCGAGUCGAAUUCUCGGAUCACGGCGGCAACAAACCGCAUGAAUACGGCACGAGAGGAGUUGGCCCUCUUUGAUCAAGUCACACAGAUGCCUGCCUUUGUAGCAGACCCGUUCACUGCCAUCGAUGAGCAUCUAAGUACUGCCAUGGAUUUCCUGCAGCCGCAGACACCGGAUGUAGGGAGGGUUAAAAGGGAAUGA